AGGGAUGACAGAUCGUAGAACAAUGAAACCGGGAAGAGAAGCAAAAAUAGUAUCCGCCGAAAGACUAGCUCCACGUCGAUAUGGCAUUGAGACAAUAUCACGUCGGCAGUGGUAGCAAGAGGGUAAAAGUUACGCCGGCGCAGUAGGGUGUUUAUUGAUUUUGGAAGCAAAGCUGCCCCAUACAGCCCGACAUCGAUUCGACCGCGAAGGAGAACCGAGCACCGGUUUGACAGUCGAUAUAAUUGGCGAGUUCAAUCCGCGGAGGCUCGGCGAAAAGAGUGGAACGGCUGCUCGACGCGGUGGAACCGGGUCCUGUCCGUUGCGCAAAUGUAACGGGGGUUGCGCGCUCCAUCCGCUGGCUGGGAGCUGAGAUACGCACGGUCGAGGGCGAGCGCUUAGGUGUUCGGCGCGUAAGCGAGAAUCGGAAUCAUGCAGAACUAUGGACACGAGGAUUACGACUACGGUGUGUCGCAGGACGCCCAGUCGUCGGGCAGAGUCCUCCCCCAGAUGCCGGGCGCCGUCAGGCCGAUGGUGGACCCGCAGGCCGAGGGUGAGGUCGAUCCCAGCAUGUACCCCCAGGCGAAGGAGGCCACGCACAAGAUUCGCGGUAAGAGCGACAUCCUCGAGUACCUCUUCGGCGCCGUCGACCAGGAGCUCCUCACCGUCAAGACCUUCUACUUUUUCUUCUACUCGGCCUUCGGCUCCCUCUUCCCGCUUAUGGGGGUGUACUUCAAGCAGAUGGGCAUGAACGCGGGUCAAUGCGGCCUUCUUAUCGGUCUCAGGCCGUUCAUCGAGUUCCUGAGCGCUCCUUUCUGGGGCUCCCUGGCCGACAGAUGGCAAAAAGGCAAACUCCUUCUAUUGGCUUCCCUUUCUUGCUGGAUCAUCUUCACUCUACCGUUGGGCUUCGUUCAGCCUCCGCCCACCUCGUGCAUGGUCAGAAUAAAUGAUUCCCUUUAUCUCGAGGCGUCCAACGGGGAACAAAGAAUUGUGAAAAGAUCGACCGACCUGGAUGAAUUGUAUUACCCCGAGAAUAAAGAGGAGUAUCUGGAGGUCGCGUCCAACGUCGUCUUCGAAAGAUUACGGCGAAGUACGGACGACAACGAGAUACUCGAUUACAUGAAGAAACCGAGGGAAUUUAGUGUAUUCGGAUCUUACGAUAUUGAGGGAAACGGUGUUAGAGACUUCGAUGACGGCGGUUCUACUGUGUACGAUCUGAAAAAUAAUAGAGUCAGGAGACAGACAUCCGUCACAGAUAAGGGCGAUGUAGGAGAUCUUGGAUACACGUCGCUGUCCGAAAGCAAUAUUGACGAUGCAACGGGGAUCGAUUUCGAAAUGUUGCAAAAGCAAAAUCGUCCAGCCGAUGUGUCGGAGUACAAACGAUUCAUGAAGAAUGAGCCGAUCGAUGACAGAACAGUCCCGAAGAAGGCUUACGUUCGCACCAAAACGCGCGUGAAGCCACCACCGGAGAAGAUAAUGGUAAAACGAGACGCGAAUAGGAGACAAGCGUUCUCGGAUGAGGAUGACAUGAUCAAAAUCGACGACAAUGAUGAGGAAAGCGAAAGAAAUAUGGAUGUAACGUUGACGAGGAGUCGCAGGAGCAUAAGAAUGUUCCACGGCUCCAAAUCUGCUCAGUUGUCACCUAUGUCGGUUGUUUAUGCCGCGAAUUACAACGAGAAAGAGAACAAGGAAUGGGUGAAGCCGCUUUUCAGUUCCAUAGUCUAUAGAUUGCCGGAUAUUCAAAAAACUUUCUUCCUUCUGCUAUUGUUGGUAGUAGUCGGUGAAUUUUUUUCGGCACCUGCCAUAACGUUAGCCGACUCAGCUGUUAUCACUUUACUCGGUGAAGACGCUGAUAGAUAUGGCCAUCAACGCAUGUUUGGAAGUCUCGGAUGGGGCUUGGCCAUGUUCUUCGUUGGAAUUGCUCUCGAUCAUAGCACCGCGUUUCCGGAUCAUCCCUGCAGGCCCGAAGAGAGAGAGAAAAAUUACACCAUUUGUUUUGCAAUAUUCAGCGUCUUAAUGGGUGCGGCGUUGAUAACAGCAACGCAAAUUAAUUUCAAGUAUGAGGUUGCUCCCGCUGAGCCGGAAGUGGCGAAGCCUCCAGCCGAGCCAACGCGGGAGGAGCAACUGCAAAGUCAGUUAUCUCAGCAACUUAAUCUGCCUGGGCUUCAGGAUUCUUCCGCCGCUGUAGAUCCUAAGCCUCCGCCUCCCGAAGGGAAGACCAAGAUGUUCGCCCAAACGUUGAAGGAAAUACCGGAGUGGGUGACGGUGUUGAAGCAAUUCAAGGAUGUAAAAUGCGCAUCGUUCCUUUUCGUUGCGUGGUUCAUGGGAUUUGGCAUCGGGUUGAUCUUCACUUUCCUAUUCUGGCAUCUUCAGGAUUACGGUGGUUCGCCGACCCUCUUCGGCGUUGCGUCUGUGAUCAAUCACAUUUCCGAGAUCUUCGCGUAUUUCUUCAGCUUCAAACUUAUUCGACAGAUGGGGCACGUCAAGGUACUGUGUCUGGGCCUGGGCGGAAAUGUGCUCCGUUUCCUUUACAUAUCUUGGCUGAAAAAUCCAUGGUGGGUACUACCCUUCGAAUUCAUUCAGGGCAUCACGCACGCGGCAGUGUGGGCGGCAUGCUGCAGUUACAUCGCUCAUAAUACGCCGCCGCAGUUGCGUUCGAGCGCGCAGGGUGUUCUUCAGGGAUUCCAUCAUGGCCUCGGAAGAGGCUGCGGUGCGGUAAUUGGCGGCAUGUUCGUCGCAGCUUACGGUACAACUGCGACUUUCCGAGCGUACGGUCUCAUCUGCCUCAUUGUCCUAGCCGUCUUCGUGUUCAUCAAUUUCUACAGAAAGGAUACCGGCUUCGUAUCCGAGCUGCCACAGACGGAAGACCCGCAUCAGGUGGCCGAGGCUACCCAUUUGGCACCGCAUGGUGUACCGAGCAACGCUAUACCACGUGCCCUGAGUUCCACCCGCUUGCACGAACUGGCUAAUCAAGAUGCUGGCUACGGGGCGACUUAUCAAACCGCUGGUGGAAAUCUCGCUGUACCCGGUGCUAAUGGAGGCCCUGGCAACCCAACGAACCCAUUCUUAAACGGCGGAGGUGGCGGCGAUGGUGGAUAUAAUUAUGGUAUGACUGGCAAAGGGGAGGACGAGUAUAUUCGUAGGAGCUUCCAGAUCUACAGUGAAGUGGUUGGUAGGGAAUUCGAUGUCGUAAAACCAACUAUCCAACUACACGCCCAACAACCAUGCACCAAUCCCUUUCAUCAACACGACUACGACUGGUAACGACUCGAUCUGUCGAUGCCGCGGGUUGUUCCCCACGACUGCGAUAUACCGAAAUGUGAACGCUCGAGAAGACAUUAUUGAACAAAUAGUAGACGUAAAUAUAAAUAUCCAUACAGAUAGGUACGUAUGCGUGCAUAGGAGUCCACGUGCAAAGCCACCCGUAGUACAUAUAAUAAGAUUAAAUGAACUUUGCAACUCGGGUGAUUGUACUUGAAGUCUUUAACUUUAGGGCGUCAAGUUUUUCCGCGGCCGGUACGUCGUGGAUCUCUAAUAUUUUGAGGCGCGAACGUUAACGGCGAUCUUUUGUAAUUGAAAUAAUCGUUGGUGCGGGCCGCGAGAAAAUUGACCUCGAAUUUGACCAAAGAAAUGUAUCGUUCAGGACUCACGCGCCUUCCUACCUACGUAUACGUGCGUGCGUUGCACGUGGAGACGUGACACGCGUACGUGCGUGCGUGCAUAUGGACGUGCGUGCGGUCGCCUUUACGCCGCCGUUGUACGGUAUGUGUCGAGAUGUACGAUGUGAUAAAAUGUCCGCGGACGAGCGAAAAGGGAGAAGUGAACCGACGCUGCUGACACCCCGUUCGGUAGGUUUACGAAAAUCUUGACGACAGCCUUAUCGCCGUCCCCCUCUGACUUGCUCGUCCCGCGAUCCAUUUCUUUCUUUCAGUAUACUGUUCGCUGCUUCCUUCUGACUCUCUAAAUGGACGUUCACGAGUCUAGGGUAUCAGGGAAUUAGUGGUAAGACUAAAUCCAAAUUAAUCGAAAGUGCCUAUCGAAAGUUUCCUGAUGCCCUGCGCGACUUCUGUUUCUGCCCGAUGGUUCUUUUUACCUUCCCGUAUGUACGAUUAAGAAGGAAAAGUGACUUGUCAGUCUGUCGAAUUUACUAGUUCGGACUAGUCGUUUUGGACGUGAGAACCGUGUUAAGCGCCACGAGGCGACGUGCUCUCUUAUCAGGCUCGCAAAUAUUUAUUUCUCAAAAUACGCAGAAUAUCGUUCCAUAUAUGUAUAGUUACUAAAUAUUAAAGGAUAUAUAGGUAUCAGAGAAAUGUCAUAGAGGUUUUUAGCGCGCUGUUAAUUUUUUCUAGAUUUUUAUCGUGUUUGAGUCCUCAAAGGAUUAUCGAUUCUUCAUUAAGCCGUACUUUUAACGACGUUUGUACAAAGGCAGAAGCAAGUUAUUUAUAUUGUGUUACCAUAUAAUUGUUUUAUCAUAUGUGUUAUAGAUUUAUAAGUACGUUGUGUUUCGCAGAAAGACAUGCAAGUAGCAAUUGGUGUUUGCACUACAGCGAAAUAGCUACGACGCACUCACUUUGAAAGAAACCAUUCAAAUGCACCUAAAAAAAAGAAGAAAAACGGUGGUAGUCGUUAAGAAAAUGUAACAUACACGAUUUAACGGAUCGUGAGGUUUCAUCUAGGCGAGACGUAUCCAAAUCGGGACGGAAACCGAGAGUAGAAAAUGAAUAUACAAGAAAACUAGGAGGCCUGCAAGGUUUGAUACGACAAAUAUAAGUAUCGUAACGGAUCCAUUGAUCUCGUCGGUGAUAGUUUAAAGAAGUACGUGUACGAACUAAAUUAAUUAAAGAGAUAACUUGUGUGUCACCUGUAAAUACUCUACACGCUCUUAGGCAUAGACUCUACUGUUCACACUUGUUUUCUGUUUUCAAACAGAUUGUUGAUCGUUAUUUACAAUCCACGUUACGACUAUCCGCAUUAACUUCUUCUUAGGAUCUGUAUUAAACGAGCUCUAUCUAUUAAAUACUUUUAUCGUAUGUAUAAGGUAUAUGUUGUGACAAUUGUAUAAUACUGUUGAAAAAGGAAAACGAAAAAAUUGGUAGUAAAAUAUAUAUACAUAUAAAGAUUGUAGCAGCACGAUUUUAUCUACUACCGCGGCAAGGGAAUACGAGAAUCGCCUUCUACUUCAUGCGCGCUUUCGCCGUGCGGCUUGCUAUUAAUCGAGGCACAAGACAGAUAGAAGUAUGCAAUUGUAUCUCUACUCUUCUAACUCAAAUAUUCCGGGAAUACCUCUGCAAAAGAAUUAUACGUAUACCACAUACGUAGAGUACUUCGCAAACCGUACAUUAAUCGACAAUGAAGUUUCGACUAACGGGGAGAAUGUCGUUGACAAUUUUGGCAAUCCUAUUUUUUUUUGCGAGUCUCCAGAAACUCGCCCUCAUUUGAGAGAACGAACUCGCCAUCUUCUCGAUGAAGUACGAUUUGUGAGAUACCGGGAGGAGCGUAAAACGCCAUAGGUGAUAUUUCUUGUGUCGGUAAUCCAUACACAUCGAUGUUUUGUGGACAGCCAGAUUAUACGAUGUUACAAAGACUGAAAUAAAAUGUCUUACGCACGUAGUAACCGAUUCAAGAAGACACUAUGGACACGCGUGUGCGUAUUUGUAUUAUAAAUUAUAUAUAGUCGCAACUAUAUACAUAUAUAUAGUAUAUAUAUAUAAUGUAAUGUACGAUGAAUAUUUGAUUGUGUACUUACGUAUCGUGUAUGUUAGCAGUAACGUUACUCUAUAUAUACAUACAUAUAUUAUAUAAUUAGAUUCGUACCAUGAAAAUAAUAGAAUAUAAUCGUAGUUAAUCUGCUAUUACACUUCUGGAUGGUGUCGCUAGUUCACAUGUGCGCGUUAAAGCGGUCUCUCGUGACAGAUUUAUUAUUUAUUAUUCGUACGUUUAACGCAAGUUACGUUGUCGAGUCAUGUUGGUAUCUUGGACACCUAUCCGAUUAGACUUCACGGACCGUUUCUUCAUUGGAUUGUCGUAGUGGUACUUGGUUCUGUAUGCUUUAAACUCAGUAUUUCUCGAAGAUCAAAGUACCCCACCCCGCAAUUUAUCUGAAGAUAUUGAGUAUAUAAACGAUAUGAAGUAUAUAAAGAUAUAAAGUAAGUAAACGAUGCUGUUGUGGCGCAGAGAUCUUCUAACACGAUGUCGAAGUCAGUUUUACUGUCCUCGUAGGGAUCGUGUGAGAAGUCUGUAUAAAGAUAGGAAUGUAAGUAUUAUUGUAAUCUCUUUUCUCGGGGAACAGCAAAAAAAAGACAGACAAACUCUCAAGAGGGAGAGAAGAGAAUUCAUGAACGUAGGGAGUGCGUGAAGGUGUAUAUGUAACGACAUAUCAUGAAACAUCGUGCGUAGUAUUAGUGUAGCAAACGUCAUGUGCUUACGAUUAAGAACAGUUUCACUUGCACUUAGAACCGAUUUUUAUUCUACCCGUCGGCCAUUAUAUUUUUCAUUAAUCUUCCCCUUCGAUUCGUCGAUUGAUCCUGAAGUGUUUCACAAGUUACUCGCGCCCCCCGAGCGAUGAAUAAUUAACGAUUCGAGACGUAUAGAUAUUCAAGCUGCUCGUCGCUAUUUAAGAAAGUAUCGGUGAGAGAAAAUUAAUUUAAUGUGCGUCGACGAUUAAUUUCGAUUCCACGAGACUUUUUUUGGAGGAAGAACGGCGUGUAUGUGUGAAAUAUCAAUUUGCGAAACGUGUCGGUCUUUGCUUUCGCUUCAUUUUGUAAUACUUGUGCGAUUGUGCGAAGCUCUCGUCAUCUAUCCCCAGUGAAAAAUGAUUCGUCGAAACAAUGCCGAUUCAGCAUCGUUUCGGCAUCGAUUGACGGGUCAUUUCUCGCUAGGUCGCGAUUCAAUUUCGAGCUUUUGAAGAUUAUCUCUUCCUUAAAUUUUAGAUUAGUUAAAUAUACAUUUGCGCAAUUGUCACACACGUGCAUACAUACACACACGUACACAUAUGACGCAAGUAACAAUAUCUGUGUGCAAUAUCUGUCUCUAAAUUUUUCUGAUAUGCUGCAUAUUAUACUGAAAUUUGAAUAAACGGUGUAUCAGGUUGUAUCAGGACUCCUGAAACGUCUUAGGUCAAAA